AACAUUCUGCUUGUAAGACUCAUUAAUUGAUUCGUGAUUGAUCAAUUAUAAUUCUAAAGUUAGACUAUGUUUAAUUUUAUGAAUUUUCACUAAGCAGGGGUGAAAUUGUAAAGAAAAGAGAUUCUAGGUUUAUUUAUUUAUUAAUGGACUAUGUAUGUCUAGUUAAUAAUUAAAUUAAAUGACAAUAUUAUUUAAUAAUCUAUUUUAGUUAUUAAAUAAUUAGUUUUGGCAUUUAAAAGGUUAGAAUUGGAAAAUUGGCGUUUUUGAGAAAAUAGAAAUAAAAUUUGAUAAAACUGCAAAAUCAAGUGGGGCCCACUAACACACCAUGGCCGGCCACUAUUUGUGGAGUUUCAAAUUGAUUUUUUCAUUAUUUUAAUGCCAAAUAAUUCCUAACCUAAACCUAGUAGUUGCCUAUAAAUAGAAAGUGAUGGCUCAGUCAAAUCAUAAGUUUUCAUAUCAUCUUCUGACAGAAAUUUCUCUCUCCAGAAAACUGAGCCUUCCUCACUUUCUAUACCUGGCCGAAACCCCUUCUCUCUUUUCUCUUCAUCAAUUUCGUGACCCUAGUGAAAGUGUAAGUGCCCACACACAACAAGCAGUAACUCAAUCAUAGAUUGGAAGACUGUGAAGGAUCAAACUUGAAGAAGAAGGACAUUCGGGCUUAGAUCUUAAUUAUACUCUGCUAAAGAAAGGAUACAAGGGUUAGAGAUCUGAGCGGAAGGAGACAUUAAUUCCGCUGCAUCAAUGUAAGGUUUUCUUAACUUUAUAUGUGUUUAAUUUAUCGUUUUAGAAAGUUCAUAUUUAGGGUGUUUAAACAACAUACUUGUGAGUAGAUCUAAGAUCAUGGUAAAAUAAAUUCCAACAAGAAAAACAAGGGCAGGAAGCGAUAUUUGUUCCUACUCCGGUGUAUGCUAAUGUUCAAGCUGAUGAUGCAGCGAACCCUUCUGCAGUGGCAGGUCAGCUCCCUGUAAACGACUUCUUUUAUACCGUGUUGUUUGAUUCGGGAGCUAUACGUUCAUGCAUAGCUAUGAGAAUAAUUAAUCAUUUUGGGUAAGGCCUUGUGAUAUUUUAGAAAGAGGGUUUGGAACCCUAAUGCCUAGUGGGGAGUUGGUUAUCUCUAAUAGGCGCUUUAGGUCUAUGCCAGUUAAGAUCGAAGAUAGGGAGUUGAGCGCUGACCUUAUAGAAUUGGAAUUAACUAAGUUUGACAUUAUACUGGGAAUGGAUUUUCUGUUCAAGUGUUCGGCCAGAAUAGAUUGUAAGCAGAAAAUGGUGACUUUUCAGCCCGAAGGUGAAGAUCCAUUUGUUUAGGAUGGAACAGUCCAGGGGUCUUGGAUCUCGGUUAUCUUUGUAUUAAGGGCUAGAGAUUUACUAUGCAGUGAUUGUGUAGAAUUUCUAGCAGUGGUAAUUGAUUUCAGCAGACCUGAAACAUUUGGGCCUGAGGCAGUCAGGGCGAUGAGAGAUUUUCUCGACGUGUUUUUCGAGGAGUUGCCGGGGUUGCCGCGCCGCCACAACGAGAAAUUGAUUUCGUAAUUGAUAUGGCACCUGGAGUCGAACCUGUUUCUAAAGCUCCAUAUAGAAUGGCUCCAGCGAGACUCAAAGAGUUUAAGUUAAAACUUCAGGGGAUGCUUGACAUUGGGUUUAUUUGACCCAGUGUAUCGCCCUGGGGAGCUUUGGUUCAGUUUUUGAAAAAGAAAGAUGGUUCCCUCCGAAUGUGUAUUGAUUAUCGGGAACUAAACAAGCUGAAGAUUAAGAAUAAGUAUCUGUUACCCAGAAUCGAUGAUCUGUUCGAUCAGCUCCAGGGAAAGACAGUGUUUUCGAAGAUUGAUCUGCGAUCUAGUUAUCAUCAACUUAGAAUUCGAGAGGAGGACAUACCGAAGAUAGCUUUUAGAACAAGAUAUGGGCACUAUGAGUUCGUGGUAAUGUCAUUCGGAUUGAAUAAUGCUCCUACGGCCUUUAUGGAUCUUAUGAAUAGGGUAUUCAAGGAUUUCCUCGAUAACUGCGUCAUAGUGUUUAUCGACGACAUUCUUGUAUACUCUCAGUCAGAAAAGGAGCACGAGCAUCAUCUUCGAAUGGUAUUGCAGCGACUUAGGGACCACAAGUUGUAUGCAGAGUUUAAAAGUGCGAAUUCUGGUUGUCUGAGGUGUCCUUUCUGGGUCAUAUUGUUGGGAAGAAUGGGAUUAUGGUUGAUCCAAACAAGGUGGAGUCAGUGAAGAAUUGGCCGAGGCCCAAGUUUGUGACGGAAAUUCGAAGUUUUCUUGGCUUAGCAGGGUAUUAUCGACGUUUUGUCGAAGGAUUCUCUAAAAUUUCUAUGCCCCUAACCGAAUUGACCAAAAAAAAAAUCAGAGAUUUGUGUGGUCAGAUAAGUGUGAAAUAAGUUUCCAGGAGUUGAAGCAACGUUUGAUAACAACUCCGGUGUUAGCUUUGCCAUCAGAUCAAGAGAAAUUUGUGGUUUAUUGUGAUGCAUCCAGGCAGGGCCUGAGAUGUGUUCUGAUGCAAGUUGACAGAGUCAUAGCUUAUGCCUCUCGUCAACUGAAAGAUUAUGAGCAGUGUUACCCAACUCAUGACUUAGAGCUUGCUGCUGUGGUUUUUGCUCUGAAGAUAUGGCGACAUUAUCUUUACGGUGAGAAGUGCGAAAUUUAUACUGAUCAUAAGAGUCUCAAAUACUUUUUCACCCAAAAGGAUUUGAACAUGAGACAGAGUAGAUGGCUGGAAUUGGUUAAGGACUACGACUGUGAAAUUUUAUACCACCCCGGGAAGGCCAAUGUUGUGGCCGAUGCUUUAAGUAGAAAUGUUCCCGAGCAAGUUUGUACUACGGUUUUGAUAGCCCCUCAACUAGCCUCUGAAAUGGUUAGUGCAGGGAUUGAGUUCGUAGUUGGAAAGUUACAUAAUUUAACACUUCAAUCUGAUCUGUUAGAGAGGGUCAAAAGAGCUCAACUUGAGGAUCCCAAGCUAGUUAAAGUUCGAGAUGAGACUAUGGCUGGUCGGCCUAGAGACUUUUUAGUCUCGAACAGUGGAAUGUUGUCAUUUAAAGCUCGAGUUUGUACUUCUAAUGUUGCAGAGAUCAAGAAGGAGGUACUUGAUGAAGCUCAUACCACACAUUAUUCAUUCCAUCCGGGAACCACCAAAAUGUAUCAGGAUUUAAACCCUAUCUUUGGUGGUAUGGGAUGAAAAGAGAAGUGGUGGAUUAUGUGUCCAAGUGUUUAACCUGCCAGCAAAUUAAAGUUGAACACCAGAGGCCGACAGGGUUACUGCAAUCUUUAGUCCUUCCUGAGUGGAAGUGGGAGGACAUUGCAAUGGAUUUUGUAACUAGAUUACCUAGAACUACGGGAAUGUAUGAUUCAGUAUGGGACACAGUGCACGGAUUCACAAAAUCAGCUCACUUUCUACCAGUGAAAGCUACAUAUUCAGUGGAUCAGUAUGCUGAGUUGUAUGUAAAGGAGAUCGUUCGUCUCCAUGGAGCCCCUAAAUCUAUUGUGUCAGACAGGAAUCCAAAGUUCACAUCGAAGUUUUGGGAGAGUCUUUAGAAGGCUAUGGAUACCAAGUUAAAGUUUAGUACAGCCUUUCACUCUUAGACUUAUGGUCAGUCAGAAAGAACAAUCCAAGUAUUUGAAGACUUACUGCGAGCCUGUGUCAUGGACUUUGAGAGUUCAUGGAGUAAGCACUUGCCUUUAAUUGAAUUCUCCUACAACAAUAGCUACCAGAGUACUAUAGGGAUGGCUUCCUAUGAGAUGUUAUAUGGUAGAAAAUAUCGUUUCCCUAUUCAUUAGGACGAGGUUGGAGAAAGGAAGUACUUGGGUCCAGAGUUAAUGCAGAGGACCAAUGAGGCUAUUGAUAAAAUCAAAGUUUGGAUGCUUGCUUCUCAAAGCAGGCAGAAAAGUUAUGCUGAGCCGAAGUGCAGAGAUGUUACAUUUCAGACAGGGGAACAUGUUUUUUUCUGCGGGUUUCACCAAUGAAGGUUAUUAGGCGCUUCAGAAAGAAGGGUAAGUUGAGCCCUAGGUUCAUUGGGCCAUUUCAGAUACUUGAGAAGGUCGGGCAGGUAGCGUAUCGCCUAGCCUUACCACCAGCAUUGUCGGUUGUUCAUGACAUAUUUCAUAUUUCCAUGUUGAGAAAAUACGUGUUAGACCCGACUCAUAUCUUGAGUUAUGAAGCCCUUGAACUGCAAUCAGACUUAUCCUAUGAAGAGCAACCUAUUCAGAUUCGGAACAAGACUAUUGUUCUAAUUAAGUGCUCUGGAGGAACAGUAAGGUGGAGGAAGCCACCUGGGAAUUGGAGUCUGAUAUGAGGACUCAGCAUAUCCAGAGCUAUUCAAGUUAGAUUUCGAGGACGAAAUCCUUUUAACGGGGGAUAAUUGUAAUGACCGCCUUAGUAAUUUGGAUUAGAAAAGGCAAUUAGCACUAAUUUCUGUCAUUUUAUAAUUAUUUGUGAAUUUAUUUAAUUGUGAAUCCUAAUAUUUAGAAAUAAAUAUUAGAGUUAUAAUUUCUCAAUUUAGCAGAUUUUAUUAAACUCUAGGGGUAUUAUUUAGCUUAUAUGUGAAAUAUGCUAUUUUUGUAAUUUUUGCUCGGCGACAACGAAAAAUGUGAUGGAUGGCUAGUUUGAUCAUAUGGGUAAGUUUAGAACUUUAUUUCUUAGCGGGGAAUAUUUUAGAGAGAAUAAUUAUCGGGAUUGAGCAGGGUUAUGGGAUUUGACCAUUUUACCCCUAGCUUUUGAUAUACCCUAGUUUUGGGUCAAAGGGCAUUAUUAUCAUUUGGUUAAAUGGUGGGAUAGGUGGCUGCCCUAGUUUGGUGACACCUUGCAACCUUUUUCUCAGCCAAAAUUAAGUAGUUAAUUUACUUAGUUAGAAAGAAAGAGGAAUUAGAAGGAAAUACAAAAAAUAGAAGGAGAAGCUCUCUUUCUUCUCUCUCUCUUCUCGAACCAGCAAGACCAAGGGAAAGGGUUGUCGAUUUCUGAGUUUUUAGCAAGGAAUUCAAGGGAGAAAUUAAUCUAAGGUAAGCCCUAAUGAACUCCCCUUUAGUUUUCAAGUUUUUGCUUAGUUAGAAAUGGUGAAUUUUUGAAAUAGGGGUUGUUAGGUUUAGAAAUGCUUAGGGUUCGGUUUUUAUGUUCAAUAUUGGUUGUUUAGAGGUUCUGGUAGUUGAUUUUGGUGCUUGGUGUUAGUUCUAAGCAAGCUUGAGUUUUGAAACUCAAGCUUUGAGCUUUAAUGGCAAGUUAGAAUUUAUUGGUUUGUUUUGUGAUUUUCUGGUUGGUUUAGGUUAUAAAUGCAUUGUAUAGGUACCCUGGAAGUUUUUGGAAAGUUUGGGAUUGAAUUGAGUUAAGGGGGUUGGUUUUUGUGUUCCCAGCACAGAACCGGUCGACCGGUUGGUGUUCCAGAAAUGGACUUUCGGUUGGGACCGGUCUGCCGGUUGGGGGAAUUUUCGGAACCCUAGUUUUUCCCAAUUUUGAGAUAUUUAGGGUAUUGCCAUGUUGUUUAUCGAUAGGGAAACUUUUAGUUUCAAGUUGGAGUCCCCGGAAAGUGAUUUAGCGAGUCACUCAUCUGUGUUGCAAAUAAUGUGAUUAUGGCAUCCAUCUAGCGCAAGCAUUUCCGUUCAGGUCGGCCAGCACACUUGAAUUCGAAAAAUAGGUAAGAACUGUAUAUAGCGUGUUAUAAAAGAUAUAUGCAUGUUGUAUUAUGAUUGUAUAUGUUUUGGGUGAUAUCAUAGCGGCACAAUAAUUGUGUCGGUUCGACAGUACAAGCAUCGUACUGGUUAAGAGUGAUAUUCACCCCAGAGAGUAUUAAUUGGCGCUAUCAUAGCGGCACAACAAUUGUGUCGGUUCGGCAGUACACGCACAGUACUGGUUAAGAGUGAUAUCAUGGCCAAUUGUACUCUUGGGUGCUAUUGAUGCUAUCAUAGCGGUACGAACAUAGUGUCGGUUCCGCAGUGCGAUCAUAGUGCUGAUAGUGGGUGAUAUCAUGGUCAAUAGCACAGCUAGUAAGAAUGUUCUUACUCAUCUGUUAAGCCUUGUAAAUAGGUGUAUGGGCGCCUAGUUACAAGUCGAAAGUUAUAUGAUAUGUUUUAUGCUUUUCUUACUGAGUCUGUUGACGCACAGGUCUACUUUCAUGUGUAGGUAAAGGAAAGGGGAUAACUGAACUGGAGUGAACCUGAGCUCGGAUGGGAUUGUACAUGUCAAAGCAGCGCGACCUGAAGUGUUCGGUCUCGGGACAUCUGGGAAUUGUAUUUUUUACAGUCGCUGUGCGACCUGAAAAAUGUGUAUUUUAAAAUAUUACUUUUAAAAAGUUUGAAAACGGGAUCCCGACACUUGUAAAUAUUUUAAUAUGUUAUAAAGUUUAUUAAUUAAUAUAAAAGUUUUAAUUUGACACGUUUUCCAAGAAAACUCUUCGAUUAGCGAAGAUUGCACUGUAAUUGAAAAAGUACUGUAGCGUGCCUUAGCAGUAGGGCGUUACAUGAUGUUUUGUUUCAUGAUGAUAGUGAUAAGUUGAGUUUGGUUUUGUAUGAUGAAUCAUAUUUGUCUCCGGAGAUUCAAAAGAGGCAGCCCAAACCAAGCUCUGUUGUUCUGUCACCAUAUGUUGUGGACUUUGGGUCUUCUUCAUCUUCAAAGGAAGACUUAAUGAGGAUUGUGCAAGAUGGUAAAUUUAUUGUGCAUGGAAUCAAUCCUUUUAAAGAUGAAAUUUGUUAUAAUACUGGUGUUGAGCAGUGCAUUAAGUUUUCCAAAUUUAUUGAGGAGAACAUAGUCAUGAAUAGGGGGUUAGUAUUUUUUUUAUUUAUAUUUAUAUUACUUACAUUUGUUUUAUGUCUUUUUUUUUUUUAUAUGUGAUUGACUUUUUUUUGUGUUUGUUGUUUUUUGUGUUGUCAGUGUCAAGAAGUACUCUGAUGCGGACAACAUCUUAUCUCCACCGAUUGAUUUUUCUUUCAUUGAAAUUUCCAAGAAGAUGUGGUUCUACCAGCUUCAUGCUUGUGGUGAAUUUCUGGGUGAGAGUGUAAGAAACUAGUUUCUUUUUAUUAUUUUUUAUGUCUUUGCUGUUUGAGUCUAUAUUUUGGUAUCGGUUCUUUCAAAAACCGGUUUCUGAUACAUGUGUUUAUUGCUUUUCUGUAGCAUUUAGAUGUGGUAUUCUAUUACCUUAGGAAGAAGAUUAAGAAAUAUGAUACUUUGAACCAGAUGAUUACCCCUACCGAUUGUUUGUUUGAUCAAGUGAUAUGGAAUUCCUACAAUCAGUUCUUGAAAUCGGGUUCUAAUCCUUCUAAGAUUGACUUUGAUAAUGCCAUUCCUGGAUACAUUGUUGGUGAGUAUUUGUUUUGCAAUACUCCUUGGGUGCUUACUGACCAUGUUCUUAUAUAUGUCAAUAUUCAAAAGCAAAAACAUUGGAUAUUGGUCGAUUUUGAUAUCAAGGAGAGGAUGUUGAACGUAUAUAACUCCAUGUCUGGUGCUCUCAACAAGAAACGCGCUUUGGAUCAUGUAAAAGCUUAUUCUACUAUGCUGCCAUUUUAUUUGGAGUAUCUUGAUGUUUAUUCUUCUAGGCCGAAUCUUAAUUUGGUUCAAGGUCCAUAUUCUGUUGGGAAAAGAGAACCUUUGAAUUUCAAGUUCAUAGAUGGGCUUCCAAGUCAGGUCAAUAGUGACUGUGGAGUGUCUGUCAUCAAAUUUGCUGAAUUUUUUAUUCGUGGAAAAAUUGAUGACAUUCCAGCUAAGAUGUCUUAUUGUGUAGCAGUAUAUAGAGAUGAUCUUGCUGUGAGUUUGUUUAUUCAUGCUAGGAGGAAACAAAUUGGUGGUUAUAUAACUGAUGAUGAAGUGUUGAAAAGGGGGAAGAAAUCAAAGGAUAAUGCAAGUGUUAAGGCAAAGGUCAAAGGGAAGGAUAUUCCAAAGGGAAAGGGCAAACCGAAAUGAUUUCAGAUGAAUGGAUAGAUGUUUAUAAUAAUUAUAAUUUUUUUUUUUGGAUUUAUGUUCCUAUGUUUUCAGGAAACUGGUUUCGUUUGGUUUUUUGUUAUUAUUUUUUUUUUUUUUUUGUAUUUGGUAUUUUAAGACAAUGUUCUAUAGUUUUUUAGUGUUGUUUUUUUUUUUUUUUGAAACACUUGUCACUUAGUUAAAGUGGUUGUAUUUUUUUUCUUGUAAAGACUGGAUGUUUAAAUGAAUUAGCAACACUUUGUAUUAUAAGUUUUUAGUUGAUGGCUUAAUCUUUCUUUUUUUUUUUUUGUAAAUAGUUUCUUUUUUACUAUUAAUUUCGUUUUUUUUUAUUUGAAUGUACUGUUAACUGAUUUUUGUUUUUGUUUUG